AGCAGUCAGCUGAGCCCAACUUGUGCGGACGCGGCUCUAACAUCGUACAACAUGCAGGAUCACAAGCAACACGUUUAACCCUGUGCACUGUUUGUCAUUCCAACGUGUACAGAAAACAAUCCAGUUAAACACCCUCUCUUUUAAUUCCACUUCGCCGUUCUUUCCCCGUGAAGAAUACCGAUUUGGAGACUGUUGCGCAGGGGUUUGGAGGUGCAUGUUACCAAUCACACCAAUUACGGGGACACUGAGUAUGGCCUUAGCUGGAUGCCCAGACUACUUCCUCCAUCAUCCAAACUACCAGGACAAUGUUGACUGCAGCCCUUCUCACAGACCAUCAAAUCUAAUCAGUUCAAGCUUCCAGCAGUCGUCCAAUCGGAAUUCUCCAAAUCACCCAGAGGAUGAUGUAGAUCUGGAGGCCCUGGUGAAUGACAUGGCCUCUCUUUCGUCCUAUGAGAGCAUCUAUGCAACCUGUGGGACACAGCAUUCAGACUCCACCCCACUCUUGCACCGCACUGAUGGCAGUGGGCUCCAUGGCAACAGAGUGGCCCCACUGCCACAGGCCCCUAGUAAUAGAGUGACUGACCCCCGCUCUCCUACCCAAAAGCUCCGGCGAUCACAGCCAAUGCACAUACAGGCCGUCAGGCGACUUCAAGAAGAAGAGUUGCAAGUUCGUCCGGCGUCCUUGCCAGCUAUUCCGAACCCUUUCCCUGAGCUCUGCAGCCCAUCGGGAUCUCCUGUGCUGAGCCCUGGAUCUCUGCCACAGCCAUCGGAGUCACAUGUAAGACUUGAAAACUGACACUGCCCUCUGAGCCCUAUAGCUAUUAUCCAUCAGACACACAUGAGAUGCUACAUGAGUGAUUUAUUGCAGGUAUGAGACUUCUCUGUUUCAGUAUGUCUGGCAUUCUCGUAUUUUCUCACGUAUGUUCAUUCGAGAAACCUGGAGGUGCAUAUUGAGGUUAAGAGAAACUAAAAUGAUCGGAGAUUGACAUUUCUAUGCCAUUUGUCUGUCCCUGCAACUAAAAACUAGCCUCGCCCUACCUUGCAUUAUGGAUGCCAGUGGUACAUUGUUCGUUUCAAAAUCUAGUGAGCUGCAUUUGUAGGUAGUAUUUUAGGCAUC